AGACACAAAUAACAUCUCUACUUUCAAGUUGACUUGCAUCUAGCCAUGGAAAGUUCAGUAAGAGAUGUUGAUGAAGCAACAAUAAUGAAGUCUUCCACGCGUCGAAAGAACGGUGGUUGGAUAACCUUCCCCUUCAUUAUAGCAACCAUGGCGGGCUUAUCGCUUGCUUCUGGAGGGUGGACAAGCAACCUGAUUGUUUAUUUGAUAGAUGAAUUCAACAUGAAGAGCAUCAAAGCAGCUAAAGUUUACAAUGUGAUCAAUGGAUGCACCACUCUUUUCCCCAUUGUUGGUGGAAUCUUAGCUGACUCUUUCCUUGGCUGUUUUUCUGUCAUUUGGUUUUCAUCUCUUAUCUCUGCUUUGGGUAUAUUGCUUCUAUUGUUAACAUCAGCAAUUGAUGUACUAAGACCUGCAUCAUGUGAUGAUGGAUCUAGUCUCUGCACGAGCCCGUCAACACACCAAUACGCGGUAUUAUACAUGGCUCUGGCAUUAGCAUCACUAGGUAUCGCGGGUACACGUUAUACAAUAGCACCCAUGGGAGCUAAUCAAUUUGAUAAACCAAAACAUCAAGCAAUUUUCUUCGAUUGGUACAUAUUCGCGUUCUACACGUCCUUUGCCAUUAGCACCACAGUUAUUGUUUAUGUAGAGGACAAUGUUAGUUGGUCAUGGGGUUAUGGUAUCUCUAUGGCAUUCAACAUCCUUGGCUUGGCAAUGUUCCUCAUUGGGAAACGUUUUUAUCGCGAUGUUAAGGAACAAGGUGGUAGCCCUUUCGUCAACUUAGCUCGUGUUAUGGUUGUUGCCAUUCAGAAAUGGAGAGUCCCUCUUUCGGAACAAACUCAACACUACUAUCACGAUCACCUAACAACUUCUCAAAUUCCUACGAAAUCCUUCAAGUUCUUGAAUUGUGCUGCGUUUAUUACUGAGGGAGAUACUAAACCAGACGGAUCGAUUAGUAAUCCAUGGAGACUAUGCACAGUACAACAAGUAGAAGAUUUGAAAAGCUUGAUCAAGCUUUUCCCUCUAUGGGCUAGUGGUUUUCUUAUAUCGACUCAACUAGUCAUACAAACGAGCUUGUUAAUACUUCAAGCUCUCAAAAUGGAUCGCCAUAUUGGACCUCAUUUCGAGAUCCCAGCUGGUUCUAUGUCCGUCUUCAUUUUGCUAUUCACGUGUAUAGCCAUAUUCAUCAUUGACCGGUUAUUGUACCCUUUUCUAGCUAAGUACACUAGGUUUACUCUCACCCCUCUUCAACGUAUCGGAAUAGGCCAUGCUAUAACUGUUAUUAGCAUGGCUGUUUCCGCCCUGGUUGAGUCUAGACGAUUGAGGUUUGCUAGAUCACACAAACUCAAAGGCGAAAACAAUGACAUUGUUCCAAUGUCAGUGUUUUGGCUAGUGCCACAACUAGCUCUAAAUGGAAUUGGAGAAGGAUUUCAUUUUCCAGGACAUAUCGCGUUUUAUUAUCAAGAAUUUCCAACAUCUUUGAAGAGUACAUCGACUGCAAUGGUUGCAUUGUUUAUUGGUAUCGCGUACUAUUUGGGGAACGCUUUGAUUGAUCUAGUUCAACGACUAUCAAGAUGGUUACCAGACAAUAUCAACGAGGGGAAAAUGGACAAUGUCUUCUGGCUUUGUUGCAUCCUGGGAUCAGCUAACUUCAUAUAUUACGUCGUGUGUGCUUCCUUCUACAAGUAUAAAAAUAUCGAUAACAAAUCAAAUAUCGUGCCUAGUAAAUGAUACUCAUUGUUUAUAUCUCAAAGAAACAUGUAUAUUCACCAUGAUAUAAGUAUUAUGGUUUCUUUAGUUAUAUACAAGUGUUGAUAAGCUCUUUGAAGAAUAGUACGUUCUUCAUCUAA